UUCGAUCCAAACAAGAAACGUGUUGCCCACGUCGUGGAAAUCUGGCUGGCCGCGACUCGAUCCAUCGCGUAAAAGUACGCAAACUACCGCGGCUGGAGGAUAUCAUGUUCAAACGAUCCAAACGAGAAGUGAACGGGUACCUCGAAGGCUGCAGAAUAAUUGGUGAAGAGUGAAUCAUCGAUCUGUCUGGAAUGUCAAAGAUGAAUGAUGGAGCAAGCAGUAGCAGAAGAGGAGGUGGUGGGGAGACUGUUGUGAUGGAUCAAGGGCAGCUAAGAAGCUCAUGCGGGUACUGCAAAUCCACCUCCCGCACCAGCAUCUCUCAUGGAUUGUUGGCUCAAAGCAUUAAAGCAGAGGACUAUCAAGAUCUUCUUGAUCGGGGUUGGAGGAGAUCUGGCUGUUUUCUCUACAAACCUGAGAUGGAAAGUACUUGCUGCCCUCCUUAUACCAUUCGUUUGAAAGCAUGUGAUUUUGUUCCUUCGAAAGAACAAGUUCGUGUGCAGAAGAAAAUGCAAAGGCUUGUAGAAGGUACAUUAAACCAGAGGAAACUGGACCAGUUUGAAGAGAUGAACUCUACAGAGUGCUACAUUAACUCAUGUAAUAAUGAAUCAUUAGCGAGUAAUAGCUCAGAAAUGUUUUUAGGAAAACCUUCAUCUGGUAAAAAUGAAUACAAGUUCAAGGAAGAUGAGUUCUUGCAAGUUUUGUCAAAUGAGAUCAAUAAUGCCAUAAGUGCUUGCAUUGAUAGAGGUGAAUUUCCUUCUAUUCAGUUUCCGAAAGCCAUAGUAAAAAAGGUAAAACCUCAAGCUAAAAGAAAACUAACGGAAGACUUAUUGUAUACGAGCAACAUCCCAUUUCAGAUUGCUGCAUUACUAAAACGAGCGCAAUCUGCACAUGGAAACAAUUCUCCUGCUGGUUUGAAUAAUCCAUGUCAGAAUGGAGGAUCAUUGGAUAUCCCACCCAACAUCAUUGCUGAAGCGCUAUCAUCUUCCAUAAAAUGGGAUGAUCAACCUUUUGGCCUAUUAGUUAAAGCCUGCAAUGGCCACCUUAAUUUCUAUUCUUCCGCCGAUCAAUCUAAUUAUUCAGAUUUUGUUUCAAAUAUUGAGGCAUGUACCCAAACUUUUGAAACGGCGAGAGGUCAGAAUAAAGAAAGUUGCUCAACUGACAGCAUUGCGAAGAUUCCGUUUAAAAAACAGAAACUGGAGAUUAGAAUGAAAAGGUCAAGUUUUGAUCCUGAAGAAUUUGCCUUAUACAAAAGGUAUCAAAUCAAUAUCCAUGGAGAUUUACCAGAGAAGGUAACAGAAAGUUCAUACCGUAGAUUUCUGGUGGACACUCCUAUUAUUUUUGUUCCGCCUGCUAGUGGUGCAAGGAGUGUACCACCUUGUGGUUUUGGUUCUUUCCAUCAACAAUAUGUCAUUGACGGGAAACUUGUUGCUGUUGGUGUGGUAGAUAUCCUUCCAAGAUGUUUAUCUAGCAAGUAUUUAUUCUGGGACCCUGAUCUUGCCUUCCUGUCACUUGGAAAAUACUCGGCUUUACAAGAAAUAAGUUGGGUUAAGGAUUCACGCGAUCACUGCCCGAGCCUCCAGUACUAUUAUCUAGGCUAUUAUAUCCAUUCCUGCAACAAAAUGAGAUACAAAGCAGCAUAUCGCCCUUCUGAGCUUCUAUGUCCCCUUCGUUAUGAGUGGGUACCAUUUGAUAUUGCCAGACCCCUACUUGACAAAAAGUCAUAUGUUGUCCUAUCAGAUUUUGCAACCCGUCCGUACCAAGCAUCUUCUACCGGUACAUCUAUUCGUGAUUAUAAUGGUUCGAGCAUGUCUUCUGGUAAUGAAAGAGGUGAAGCAGGUGCUGAUCAUGAAGUUCUAGAUGCAGAUGAGUAUAAUAAAUCUGAUGUGGAAGUUAGUCGUGAACCUUUGCGGAACGAGUUAAUGAUGUUUAACGUUGGCAAUAUUCUAAUUGACUUGCAUGGUUCACGUCUUAGAUUCAAGAACCUUCGACAGCUUUUUGAUCCCACAGAGAAGAGAUUCAUUCGGGAGUUGGAAUUGCAAUUGAAAAGAUUUGUGACAGUAGUGGGCAAUGAGCUAUCUAGCCGUAUAAUUUACUCUCUUGGCUAAAUCA